UCAAAAACCGGAACAGACCGAAAGGCUUCGUUUCAUAAUUCCACAACCAUUAAACCCAAAGAUAUUUGGAAACGGAUUUCAUCCGACGUUUCAUCAAACUCCGAAUCUCCUCGUCGCGCUGUUGGGGUUUUUGAAUUCACGAGCUGAAUUUUCGUUUCCAUGAGAAUUCUCGUAUCAGGGCUGUGAUUGAAUUACGAAAAGCAUCUGAAUUGGAUCCUUCUUCGCCCAAUUCUCGGAUGCUUUUUCCCGAAAUCAGAAGGCGAGUGAGUUCAAAUUCCUGAAAAGGUUUCUUCUGGGUUCUCGGAAAAUCGCGGCGAGACGAGAAAAUGAGAGAAGGGUCGUGCUCUGAAAAAGGCCGUUUUGAUCUGCUGAAUCAGCUCGAGCAUGUUCUUGAAUCCGAUCCUCGCAUUGAUGAGGUAGGGUUCAUUCAUCCUACACAAUUCAUCUUACUGGAACAAGAAGCAGGUGGAUCGAAUUCAUAUCCAAGUGAACCGAAAGAUGGGAUCUUGAGACAUUUCUGGAAUCGAGAUCAUAAACUGGGAAUAUCAACCGAAAUUCUUCUCCCACUGUAUAAAGCUGCUAAAUCUGCAUUUAUGGCGUCCUUUGGGGAAUACAAGAGGUGUAGCAACUCGUGUGAUGAGAUUCAAAACAAGAAUAUCUCGUCCGGGUUUUCAUCUUCCCUUCAUGCUUUAGAAUGUGAAGUCAUGAAGCAUAGCCGAGCUCUUUUGCUGUUAAGCUCUGAUUUUGCCACUGCAUGGAAUGCUCGGAAAUUGAUCUUGUCAAAGAAGAAGCAAUCUUCGGGAUUCAUGGAUGAACUUCAACUGUCUGGCCUCAUUCUUUCGAAUUGCCCGAAAAGUGAGCAAACAUGGAACCAUAGGAGAUGGAUAAUUAAGAUGAUUGGUCAGUGCUUUUCUUCUCUACAAGAGAUUGUCGGCAAAGAAUCCGAGCUUGUGGAGAAAAUAGCCGAGAGAUCAAAGAUGAAUUAUCGUGCAUGGAAUCACCGCUGCUGGUUAGUUUCCUACAUGACAACCGAACAGGUGCUACAUGAGUUGGACAAAUCCAAAUAUUGGACCAUGAUGCAUGUAGCCGAUAGUUCUUGCUUCCAUUACCGCAGACGGCUGAUGCUCAAGAUUUUGGAGUCACUCGAUACGAAAGGUUUCAAUUCACAUCGUGAAUUUGAAGUACGUAAAGUCUGGAAGGGGGAGCUUGAAUGGAACAAAGAACUGAUAGAACGUUAUGUGGGACGAGAGGGCCUUUGGUUUCACCGACGAUUUCUCUCCCUCUGUUGGAUGAAGUAUUUCGCUGGCAAUGAUCCAUCCGAAACCGGGCAGAGUGGCAUCGCCUUCUUCAUGGAGAACGAGAUAACUCUUCUGGUAUCUUCUAGUAGAAUCCCGGAUACCAAGUAUGAAGAUUUCCAGGCACAAGCACUGCACGCAGCCACAUACUUGAUAUGGCUACCACAGCGAAUGCCGGGCUUGUGGGGAAUGCUGGAAGGGAACCUUGGAGCCGAGAAACUGAAAGGUAUGAUGAACAUUGCCUUCCAAGAUAGGCCUGCCCUUUUGGUUGAUUUGAUGCAAACCAUGAAUGCAGCUCGGGAAUCGAGGCCCGACGCAAAGUAGUAACUAGAAAUAUUCGGAUCCGUUCCCUACUUGCCAGCAGUUUACGAUCGAAAAGCAAUUGUGAUUCAUCAGAAUGAUCAUUUCCAGUGUUAUAAACGGUUUCUAAAAAACGGAGAGCUUAGAACUUGCUCCGUGUGCUUGCGUGUCUGAAACAUUUUCGUUUAGUGAUCAAAAAGAUGAGUUUGCGAGCA